AGGACUGAGCGGCUGGCUGAUCGCUCGUAUUCAUACUUACCGUGUUUCUGCCCAGCGGAAUAACUUUGGGCCGCGGAGAUGGCAGCCCGUCAAUUGCUCGAAAUGCAGUGGGAACCCACUGCGGCUUUGUGAGCAUGGGCCUGAAUAAGGGCGUCUCCAUGAACAACCUGAAUGAUCCCCCAGGAUGGAACAUCAGACCCGAUGAGCGAGGGGACGGGGGCAGUAAUAAAUGGAAUUACGCCCUUCUUGUCCCCCUGCUCGGCUUGGCUGCCUUUCGGUGGAUUUGGACCAGAGAGUCUCAGAGGGAAAUCCAGCAGGCAAAAGACCAGUAUGACAGAGACAUGAAAGCUGUCACCAGCGAGCUGGAAGGGAAGUACCGCGAGACCCUGAUUGAGAACCGCAGGACAGCAGUACAUCUGGAGCUGGAGCUGGAGAAAGAGCGUCACCGUGUUCAAGGCUACCGGGAGGCCAUAGCCUCUCAGAGCCGGCAGCUGCUGGAGGAGCGAAAACGGCUGCAGCGAGAGCGAGAGACUGUGGAGGCAGAGAAGACGAGGCUCCUACAGACCGGGGCGGCCGGUGCCGUCUUCCAGAGCAUGCUGGAGAGGGAGAACAUGUGGGAGCUGAGGGCCAAGGCUCUGCUGAAGGAGUUCGAGCAGGGCCUGGUGGAGCGACAGGAUGCCUACUGCAGUGUCCUUCUCCCCCGAGACCGACGGCUGGAGAUAGAGAAGAACCUUCUGGUCAAGGCGGCCAAGGAACCUUUGGCCAUGGAGCUGAACAUGGAAGGUGACCUCAAGGACAUUUUCAGGAACGAUCGGCACUGCGCUGACCUCAUGAACACAGACAAGCGUAAGAACGGCAGCCUGAUGUGGCUCUAUCUGAGAUACUGGCAGCUGCAGGUGACGCUGCAGAAACACAGGCGGGCAGAGCGGUCGAUGGGCGCCGCUCAGCCAAACGAGGACCCAGCUGGGAGCAGGACAAGAACUUAACAAAGGAAACGAAAGGAGAUGUUUCACCAGACAAGGCGGGGAAAAUGGCGUGGCUCAUGCUUUGUGUUGCUGUUUUACUGUCCAGUGCACUUUACUGUAACAGAAAGGUGUUGUGGUUCAUUUGGAGAAUAAUGGCAAAUAAGCAUUUAUGUACAGGUUUAGCUGCAUUUUUAGACACAGACUCAAAACUGCAACUGAAUUCAUGCAUGGAAAUAUCACCAUCGACCUUCAUUACAGAUCAUACACCAGAAGUCCAGUGCCACAUAAGGUCAUAGGUGUAUUACCAAUUAACUCUUAAAUCAUGGUUAAAAUAAGACAGACAUCUGAAGUGGAUGAUGUUUGAGGUGUGAUGUUGUACCUUUGAGCUGUGUAUUAUCAAUUUGUCCACUGAAUUCUAGGUUAGGGUGUGUGCUGUGGUAAAUUAUAAAUUAUAAAAUUAUCAAGUAA